CCCCUCGCCUCGCGUCCCUACCCCCUUUGACGUCAUUGGCUGAGAGACACAAAACGAGCCUCUCACCGCCGAUCUCCUCAGUCCGCGUUCAUUCGUGCACGCUCGCCGCCACGCUCGCUUCUGCCGGACCAAACCUCCGCCGCGCACACAAACGCCACUCGGCACCAAUUCCACGUAGACACGUUGCUCCAAACUCCACAAUCUCAGCCCCUCUCAGUUGCUCAUCUGCGAGAACAAAACGGCCACUCGGGAGAGGGAGGCUGCGCUUCGCUCCCACGCUCCCACGCUGACCCGAGAGGGGCGCGCCGCACCGGGCGGGCUUCAGUACUCGGACAGCUCCCGGCCGCGUUCCCGCGCUCGCUGCGCCGUCCUCCUCGGGACGAUGCGGACGGCGGGUUCGGUCCAGCCGGCCGCGGAGUCGCGGGAGAACGCCGACGUGCUGCAUCAGAAGCAGCUCUUCGAGAAGUUCUGGAAGGGGACCUUCAAGGCGGUUGCCACGCCGAGGCCGGAGAGCGUCAUCGUGGCCAGCAUCACCGCGCGCACGAGGCUGACGCGUCCAGAGACGAAGGCCGAACGAGCGCCGGACGACCACCAGACGGACGAGAUGGCCGCUGACCCCAAGCCACGUGACGACGCCGACUCCACGGUGCCCCCUAUUGGCCGGAAAAAACACCACCGCCAUCGCCACCGCCGCCGCCGCAGCCGCCGCCGCAGCCGCCGGGCCAAGAGCGCCUCCUUUGGUGAGGAGCUGUCACUGCAGCCCAAAGCCAAGAAGAAGAAGAAGCGAAAGUCUGAGCGCAAAAGGCCGAGGAGAAGGUUGCCCUCCCGCAGCCUCUCUCCGCUUAGGAAGAAGAAAAAGAAGAAGAAGAAAAGCUCCAAGAAGAACAAGCGGCAUCGAUAUACCACCAAAAAGUCCAAACACGGCAGCUCGUCCCGUCGCAAACGGAAGAAAAAGGAUGAGCGCAAACGCAAGAAAAGCUCUCGGACCGGCCGGCGUGGGAAACGGCGCCACGGGAGGUCGGCGUCGGACUGCCCGCCGUCCGCAGAGGACAGACAGACGGCGUACAAAAAGGAAACACGUCCGACGUCAGAGGCCAAGUGGACGAGCGGCGGCGGCGGCGCUGCAAAAAGCGUCCUCCCCAGCGCCUCCAUGUUUUCGUCCGAGCUUUUCCGAGGACGAGCGUGCCGGCGGGCCGAGCGCCCGCACGACUGCGACUCCGGCAACGACACGUCGUCGCCGCCGUCCGGCAAGUCCAGCGUGGCCGACGAGAGCGACGGGCCGCAGCCGCGCGCGGACGACGCCUCCGACUCGGGGAACUCGCCGAGCAGUUACGCAUCCGGCGGGGAAGACGGCUCGAGCGCCGGCGCGCUCCCGAAGAGAGAACACGAGGCUUUGGGAUAUCGGUUAGACGCGCCAAGAUCUCCGCAGACGUCCUCCAGGGGGCGACCGAGCACCGAGUGGCGUCGCGGACUCAGGAGGAGCAGAUCGUCGGGAAGCUCCAGAUAUAUGGGCCGACGCUCUCCGAGCUCGUCGCUGUCCUCUGCCAGCUCCUACUCCUACUCUCACUCGCCGAGCUUUUCGACAGACCUGAGGCGGCGGCGGGGCAGCUUGAGUAGCGUGAGCUCCCGAGGAAGCUACUCCAGACACAGACAACGAAGGUUGCGAUCCAGAGAGCGAGCGUCCAGCUCCAGAGAAACGGACGUCGAGCACAAAGUCAGCAGGAAGAGGUGGAGACGCAAGUCCUACUCGCCCAUGAGGAAGAGGAGGAGGUACUCACCCAGCCAUCUGGAAGCCCGACGGAUAACCAGCGCCCGCAAGAGGCCCGUGCCGUACUUCCGGCGCAGCGCCAGCCCUUCGUGGUCGUCCCGGAGCAACCCGUCAUCGCGAUACCGCUCUCGCGCUCGGAGCUCCUCCUCGUCUUCGUCCUGCGGGAGCGUCAGCCGCGGCUCGUCGUGGAGUUUUGGGGCACGCUGCCGCAGCGCCAGCAGGUAUUAGUCGCCCCCGACCAAAAAAAAAAAAUACAAAAUCGAUGUUCUCAUUUUCGGGUGUUCAUUAUUAGCUGUGGCACCCGGAGACUUUCCAACGUCAAAUCCACCUCCCCAUCCAAAGUCCUUUUCAGGGAUUUGUUGUUGCUUUUAAAUGGUUGAAGAUGUUUCGAGGACAGGACAGGAGCUAGAAUUGAAGCCAAGCACUGGCAUCAAAUUCAAAAUGUGAGAAUAUUUGCAAAAACACAAUAACGUUCAUCAGUUUGAUCAUUGAAUAUCUUGUCUUUGUAGAGUAUUCAAUUGAAUGUAGGUUGAAAAGGAUUUGCAAAUCAUCGUGCUCUUUUUAUUUACCUUCUACACAACAUCCCUACUACGUUGGAAUCGGGGCUCGUAGCGGACUCUAAAGCUGAAACGAUGAAUUGAAUAUCCGCUUAUCACCCAAAACUGCAGCAGGAAAAGUGUCUACAGUCGCUAAUGUCAAAUGACUCUCUCCCGGGAGCAAGUGCAAACAAUCCAAAUAUCAGAAGCGCAACAUCACUGCAAUGUAUUUCAAGAUUGCCAGAAUCAAUAUUUUCAAAGGACGUCAAGUAGGAGCCGAAGGGGAAUGAACAGCGUUUCUUAUACGUUGAGCAUCUGGAUACAGUUGAAUAUUAAUGUAGUGUCUCCAAGCGCAUACAUACAUAUGUAUGGGUUAUUUCAAUGUUUAUUGCUUUGUUGUAGUGGUCAAUCUCUCUAUGCAACAUCUCCAUUUCUUGUUAGCACACACGCCGUGUCAAUAAUUCAUGUACUUGUCGGAAAAAAAAAAUAUCAACGAAAAAGUCGGCCUUUUGGGUUAUGAAAGAAGAUGAUGAUGAAUAGUUUGACAUCCACAAGAGCCAGCCGCCUAGCUACUAUCUUCGGUGGUAAGCGGAACCCCUACGCUCUACGGUUAGCAUAGGGCUUGUGUGUAAACAAAAAAGAAUCCAAUUAAUCAUUUGAUUUUUUUUUUUUUUUUUUUUUUGUGUGGCUUUUUUGCCUGAAGUUAUGUGAGAAUAUCGAAUACCUGCCUAGUUACUAGGUUAGCGUGUAAGUAAAAUGUCUACGCUCGGGUUAGCAUAGCAGCUAAUGGGCUAAUCUGUUAGUUUUUGCGCCUGCCUUUUGGUUUCCAAAAAGCAAAACAAUUAACACUUUGACAUUUAUUUUCCGUCUUGGCUGGCAUUACGUGAGAAUACCGCCUAGCUACUAGCGAGGUAAUCUGUUAGCUUGCACGCUUUGAAUCUGUAAAAAUGUGGAGAAACAAAAACAUUUCGAUUGGUUUUUAGUUGAGCUUGGUGAUCUUAACUGCGACAAGACAGUAUUGAUGAGUAGAUUUUUAUUUUUCAGCUUUGCUGUCGUGAGCUGUAGCGUCACUUUGUGCUAAGCUAAGCAAGCUAACGAUGAGCAACGGCGUGGUGUUCUUGUCCAACUUUUCAUCUUCAGCUCGAUACACUCUGAAAAUGACUUUCUGUUGUCGUUUCGCCGGAUGUCAAACGUCAACAAGAUAAUUGUGUUGUAAAAUUGCUGGGAAUUGUUUAAUCAUGAUAAUAAUGUUAUUAUUAAUCGGAGACAUGUCUAGAGGAAUGAGGUUGUUUCUUCUCGUCCUGUGGUUACUCCUGUGUAGAUAUGGAUCUGUAUGUAAAUAUGCAAAAUCUGUGCCAAAUGGAACUUUUAUGUUUUUGAAUGAUGUGCCAAAAAAAUCCAAAUGUUUUCAUCCGUCGAGUUUGUUUUUGCACUCGGCAGUGUUUGGACCACAAUGAAGGAAGCGAAAACAUUUCUUGGAAAAUUUGGAAUAAUUUCCUCAUAAAACUGUGACACAUACA